CAAUGAAGAAAGUUCUAAACAAAUUACUUCCAAGCAGUCCUCAUUUUCCGGAUCAGUUGUUAAACGAGGACAGUUUACCUUAUAAAAUAGGCUCAAAUAUAACGAUAAAAGAAUACAAUAAAUUCCUUGAACGUCGAGAGUCUUCUGGAUAUAAAUAUCAACGAAGAGAUAACGGCGACGUAUUUAUAAUUGACAUGAACAAUCCCGAACAUGGGUUAGUUGUUUCAUUGUUGCAAGACUAUUUUAAGGUUGCCAAUGGCGGUGUCAUUAUUAAUCCUCCAAUAGUCGUUGGUAUUGAUGAAUUUCAUUUUAGUCCAUCUGGAAACGACCAAUUAAUUGCAUCGGAUGUUACGGUAUAUCCAAAUCCGAGUCAUGUCCAACAGCCUCGUAUUCCAUACCCAGGCCCUCCUCCAGGAAACAGAAAUGGUUGGCCACAUGCGCGAAUCGUUUGUGAAGUAGGAAACAUUCAAUCCACUAAAGAAUUGAAUGACAAGUGCCAACUAUGGAUGAAUCAAAUUUACGUACGAUAUGUACUUGGAAUUAAAUUACACAAAAAAAGAAAUAGAAAAAAUGAUCUUGGGCAAUAUCAUAGAUCUAUGACAGCUAGAUUGUGGCAACAGGGAGCGGGGUACCAGGAGUGGCAGUUUGGAACCCUUAUUCGAAAAAAACAAACUCCUACUACCUGUAAUGCACCCAACCUCCCUCAAUAUCAAGUCAUUAUCCCAAUUGCACAAGUCUUUUGGGAUCCAGUACUUCCACUUCCACCUGCAGUUGAGUACGUACCAGCUGUUCCUACUCUUGCAACUGAAACUGCGCCUGUCAAUUUUAUUAUCGAUCUGUUUCAAGUUCAACAACUAGUUUUAAGUGGACAAGAUAAUGCAUAA